AUGGGCAAAAAAGCAAAACAAGAUCUUCCACUUCACAAGGUCAUCAUGGUCGGCUCUGGUGGCGUUGGCAAAUCUGCUUUGACUUUACAGUACAUGUAUGGUGACUUUGUUGAAGAAUAUGAUCCAACAAAAGCAGAUUCUUAUCGUAAAAAGGUUUUGUUAGAUGGACAAGAAUGUCAAAUUGACAUUCUAGACACUGCUGGUCAGGAAGAAUAUGCUGCCAUUCGUGAUAACUAUUAUCGUUCUGGAGAAGGCUUCCUCUGUGUUUUUUCCAUUUGUGAAUAUGAAUCAUUUGUACAUACACAAGAUUUUAAAGAGCAGAUUUCUAGAGUAAUUGAUGAUGAAAGUAUCCCUUUCAUUCUUGUUGGAAAUAAAGUCGAUUUAGCUCAAAUACGCAAAGUUUCAAAAGAGGAGGCUAUGGCUAGAGCAAGUGAAUGGAAAUGUGAUUAUUUUGAGACGUCUGCGAAAACACGACAGAAUGUGGAAGAG